AAUAGGAAUUGAAUUGACAUUUGAUUUGACAAAUAAAAGUGAAAGUGAAAACAUUCAAAUAAUAACGACCGCAGCAAUUAUUUCCUUUAAUUAACGUAUUGUUUUGCGAAGAAGUAAAUUGUUAUCCUUUUGAAAUAAGGUUCCCGAUUCAUAUGCUGUGCUCUUUGUGAAAAAUGGAUAAUCAUUUAACGCCGAAUAGAAUACAGAGAUUGAUACAUUUAGCCGAAGAUAAGUCGUUUAAUUUGCCCAGACGCAUAGCACAAAAUAACCAUGAUGAUACAAACCGGAGUAUUUCGACGAACCAUACACCAUUCAAUAAAACCAGCUGCGAGUCGUCUUCAGGGAUUUUGGACCUAGAGCGUGUCCAAGGGUUUGGCGAAUCCGGGAUUGGAAAUAUGUCUUUGAGUAAAUCUUCUGCUUUUAAUCCUGGAGAGAUGACUGGAAGAUCAACUGGUGCUGAUGACCUACAGAACCCUGCAGCUUUGGGCACAAGGCUAUUUGAAGAUUACGGCCGUCACUCUGUAGCUCUGGAUAGCAUUACGAGUCAUAUGGAUAGGCAGACCUCGGAGAUAAAUGAUUUGAUGAGACAUUCUAUUGCUACAAAUUACUCAUUUAAUGGAAAGAGGGACUUGACGGCUGAUGAAGCAUCACUAGUGAUGAGAGAAGCACCUAUGCCUGUUCAACAAAGCACUGAAGUUAACUUCCAGGAUAGCAUAGUGAGUAAUUCAAACAUGUCUGUUGGAGCAUACUUCAAGAAUAAAUGCCCAAUGCUGGUUAACAUACUCGGCAAUACAGAUAGCCCUGAUAGAUCUAUGAAUCCUAGUAUUACGGAAGUAUCAUCACAUGUGCCUAUAGACUCUACACCAAAUAAACAAAAUAAUACAUAUAAAAUAGAUCCCAGCUUGGACAGUGUCCCAGUGAGACAGCCCAAAUCAAUCAAUUUCGAAAACUAUGAAACUUCCACUAAAAAUAAAAACGAACAUAACUAUAUGCCUAAACCUACAGAAAAUAGAGAUAUUUCUUCUUUAAAAUGUGAGAAAAAUAUGUAUAAAGGCUUGGAUCCUGAGGUAUCUGUAAAUAAGUCAACUAUGAAAGCCGAAGUUUCAAUGCUUUGCCCUUUGCCAAAGGCUGUAGGUGCUUUGAAAGCCAAACCUCAAUCUUCUUUUAAGCUGCACACAGAGGAAACUGAAAGUUCCUUGGAGAAUUCUUUAAGCAUUUCCAAAAUUGCUGAUUAUAUUCGCCGACAAUCAAACUUAAGUGUAACAGAAUUAAGUGUUCAACUGAACAAUCAAAUGAAACAAAUGAAUAGAAAGCAACCACUGAGCGAGCUCCAAAUGAACUUAAUAGACAAUAAACAGAACAACCAAGAAGUUUACGUCACAAAUCUAAUAGACUCAAAGAAAAUGGAAACAGCCAGUUCAUCAAGCACAGUGAAAACAGUUAUAUCCCAAGAUAAAUUGAAAAUGUACGAGAAAAAUACUCCAUCCGUGGUUAUAACGAAAGAUUCUCUCGACGCGGAAAGUGUAGAGUUAAGGAAUCUUAGAACACCAAGAAUGGCUAGAUCCAAGUCUCCGUCUAGUAAAAGUCAAUCUACCCUCACUACUGUACAUGAAAAUAGGAGUUUUAAAUCGUCAAAUAGUCCAUUGCAUUCUAGCAAAGGCGAGGCUAACGCAUCACACAUACCCUCCCCAAAUGUUGUUUAUAAAGAGUUAGAUAAGUCUGUAGAUUGGCACGAGGUUAUGCAACAGAAACAUUUCCAUGAAGAACGCUUUGCUAAAGAUCAAUGGGUUGAAAUUCUUACAAAACCUGUUGAAGGAUAUGUAGGUGUCAGUGAAGCUGUAGUCAUCGAAAUCACAACCUUAACACAGACUUGGUUAACAGCGAAAAUACAAUUUGAAAACCUUCCGAAUGAAGGAAAAGACCUAACUAUAGAACUUCCAAGACUGCCUUUACUUUUAUCUCCAGGCAAAACGGAAAAAUUCACAGUGUACAUAACUUCUAAUAUAGAAAUGAACACAAAUCUUCCAUUCGCGAUCUAUUUAAAAGACGCAUCUAUUGACUGUGAAUUUGAACAAAAAGGAAGUUUAGAAGUGGAUUUUAAAAUGCCGUCGAUACAAGCUGUGUCAUGUGACGGUGUGAACAAAAUAUCUUUCCCGCUUAUUCAAGAGAAGACGUCACUCACGAAAUAUUUCGUUCUCUUGAGCGAUUGUCAGGCUGAUCUGCAAUUGGAACUAUCUAUUAUGACAGGAGAUAGUAUGUUUGUGAUAAAGAAUGUUCAGGAAAUUAAGAAGAGUGAUGUUAGUAAGGCGUUAAUGGAACGACAAGCUUCAAGUGAGGAGCAGCCGAAGUCUAAAGGCAAAUUGAUAAAUAAGUUGCUGUGUAGGUUGAGUGGGGGUAAUGCUAUUAAAGUGACUAUUAUGUUCACGUCGCCGAAAUUAUCAGAUUUGGGUAUAAUGGACCAAAUGGCGACAUUCAAGGGAUGCUUGAAUGUAAAUCUCAUUGGAGUUAACACAGUGCUGAAGAAAGUGAAUCUGCUCGCUUCAGUUGGAACAGCACAUCUAGAAGUACAGACAUCUGGCGAUAGAAUUGUUGUUUCCACUGAGCCAACAAGCAUUACUAUGUACAACAGUGGCAUGAUACCGGGAGCUUGGGUAAUAAUGUUUAAAAGUGUGAACGGGGACACCAACUUUCCCUUCAAAGUGUCUGCGAGUAGGAUCGAGGUGCGGCCCGGAGAGUCGAAGCAAAUACAUGUCGUGUAUACAGGGCCACAAGAUGUUGUUCAUGAUGGAAAACUGAUACUUGAAGAAGUUACAACAUCCACGAAAACUGAAAUAAACAUAACCGGCGGGUCAGAGAAGCCAAAAUCAUUUCCCAUCAAAACAAACUUCAACAACAUGUCCUGGGUUCGUGCUGGCAGGAAAGAACUUAGUUUAAAGAAUUCUACAAAUAAAAAGAUACAAAUUCGCUGCCAAAUAGUUGGCGAUGGUUUUGCUAUAGAUUCUCCUGGAUUGGAAUCAAGAGGAACGUAUUUAUUGACGUUCGGGCCUUGUGAAUGUCGACCGCUGCCUAUUCUAUUCUCACCUACUUCGUGUAUGCCGUUCGCUGCUUCGCUGCACUUGGUGUAUGAUAAAAAUAGUGAUUUUUCGAGAAAGAUAAAACUGCACGGUUGUGCACUACCUUCCAACGAAGGCGUGCGAUGGGGCGGUGCGCUUGUCACGUACGGUGAGACGGCACUCGUGCGCGCCGCGAGACGCAAGCCCAUAGACCUGACGCUGUAUAACCGGGCCGGGGCACCCGCGUUUGUAGCGGUCGCUGUGCAUUUUAACUUACAAUACCGCAGCUUGUCCGAAGACGCGGAGCUGCUAAACGGGCGGCGCAUUAUCCCGCGCCGCUCAGCGCACACAGUGAGCCUGCGCGUGCGCUGGGGGCGGGUGGAGCGGCGCGCGCGAGCGGCCUGCACCAGCGCGCUCGCCUCGCUCACUGUGCUCGCGGGGCCGGAGGUCACGCGCCGCAGGAUACUGAGAAUCCUACGUAACGAGGGAAAUGGCCAACUAGAUACAUCUUUAUUGCCUGAACAUGUGAAAGUGCUAGCUGAAGAAUUCGAAGGUGAAGAUCCAUCAAUGGACAACUACUUGGAAAACUUUAGCGAGACUAAGGCAUCCCUAAACGAGCUGAUCGAGAGCCUCCAAGAAUUAACGGCGCAAAUAGAUCUCCCGCAAGAUUUCUCUGAAGAUAACACAAUAUUGAUCACUGAUGACACCAUGGUUGAUCAUCAUACUCUCUGUGAAUAAUAUUUAUGUACUUUUUAACCAUUCCAAUGUACUUAUUUUAGUUUAAGUAUCAAUAAGAGACUGUUUAGUUAUGUAAAAACUCAUUUUGUUAGAAUGGCUGGUUAUGUCCAUGGAAAGUUCUGAAAUUAUUAUGUAAUAGAUUGGUGUUUUAUAUAGCACAAAACAAAAGGAAGAGACAGUCAAUAUAAUAUUUAUAUCUUAUGUGAAGUCGUGUUUGAAAAAUCAGCCCUAAAAAGUUUUAAGAUUAUUUAUAGUAGGUAGAUAGAGUAUUAUUGCCAUUAUUAAUAAUUUUGUAUACGUUAUUACUAAUUAUUUUAAUAUGAAAGAUAAUAAAUGCAUUA